AUGUCGUUUUACAUUGGUCGAGAGGCUUCAAAGUUAUGGAAGAGAAUUUGCUCAGAGACAACUGUUGAGAUCAACCUUCUUGCUGAGAAUUGGAAGUAUCUUCUAGCUGGUCUUGUUUGUCAGUACAUACAUGGUUUGGCGGCCCGAGGAGUUCAUUAUUUUCAUAAGCCCGGCCCUAUUCUGCAAGAUGUUGGAUUCUUCCUUCUUCCGGAGCUCGGGCAAGACAAAGCUUACAUCAGCGAAACAUUGUUCACCACAAUCUUUAUAUCCUUUGCCUUGUGGACGUUUCAUCCUUUCAUAUUGAAAAGCCGAAAGAUUUACACAGUUCUUAUCUGGUGCAGGGUUCUAGCAUUCUUAUUCGCUUCUCAAAUUCUUCGCAUAAUUACAUUUUAUUCUACACAACUUCCCGGUCCAAACUACCACUGCCGCGAGGGUUCUAAACUUGCCACAUUGCCUCGUCCAGAUAACAUUCUCGAAGUUCUCGUGAUUAACUUUCCUCAUGGCGUGUUAUAUGGAUGCGGUGAUUUAAUAUUUUCGUCACACAUGAUCUUCACUCUUACUUUUGUGCGCACAUAUCAGAAAUAUGGAACCCGAAGAUCCAUAAAGCAGCUCGCGUGGCUGCUUGCCGUGAUUCAGAGUCUUUUGAUAGUAGCAUCUCGCAAACAUUACACGGUUGAUGUAGUUGUUGCCUGGUACACCGUAAAUUUGGUGGUAUUUUUUGUUGACAAGAAAUUGCCAGAAUUGCCGGACCGGUCGAUCGCAGCUUCAGCAACCCUGUUGCCAUUGAGCACCAAAGACAAAGACGGUAGGAACAAAGAGGAGAACUACAAGCUAAUGAAUGGAAAUUCCGGCGACCCUGCGGAUCGAAGACAAAGAUCUCAAAUAAACGGCAAGAUCACUGAUGACGGUAAUACACACCAUACCGACUCUUCCAUGAACGGUGCAUAG